UGAUGAAUGAGGACUAUAGCGUUGGUGCGGCAGUCAUGAUGAGGGUUCACGCACGGCGGGUGGGAGUGUCCCCAAAACUGCAACCGAAGUUUAAUGGUCCCUACAUUAUCACAGAAGUCCUAGCGAUGUCGUGGUUAGGGUGCAGAAGGGUCCAAGGCAUAAACCGAAGGUGGUCCAUACAAACUUGCUAAAACCAUUCCAUGGCGAAGUGGACCACUCCUGGUUCCAUCGAGAGACAAACUCAACCUCCGCUGAGCCGAUGCAAUAAUCCGACGAGUCCUUGUUAAUGAGCGACCAGGACGUGCAAGAGUCCCAUAACGAGAAAACCGACACAGAGGAAGGGACAGUUGAAGCCAGCCCGGAUGAGGCUAGAAAUGACGAUAGUACCAGACAGUCCAGGUCAGACAGUCCAGGUCCCUCAGCGUCUGUUACAGAACCACCAUCAGACCAGGAACAAGCCUCUCCGCCAAGUGCCAACAGUAACGAUCAACCAGUUUCCGUGAAGAGGAGGCGAAGGCCUCCCGAUAGAUUUGGCGAUUGGUGUUUGUAAUGCUCAGUUUCCCUGUUACGUUUUGUUCUGUUGACUGCAGGCUAAGUAUGGACCGAAGCCGUUCCCCAAUGGACCGAAGGAGCCCCAGAAAGUACAACCAAUGCGCAGAGUGCAGAAAGGAGUUCUCAUCUCAGUCAAGCCUGCGACGCCACAUAGAUGAGCAGCAUCGGCGCAAGGACAAGUUGAGCUGCCCCUACUGCUCCCAUUCCUUCGUGAGGAAGCACGACCUGGACCGUCAUUGGCAGUCCGUACAUGGUGGCAUCCAGAGGGCAAGUCAGCCAGUUAUAAUUGAGGACCAGCCCGAUCCUUUGGUACCGCGAACCCCUGGCCGGAGUAUCGACAUGGUGAGUCUUGAACCUGGCAGUGUGGAGCGGAGAAUCGUAAGAGAUUUCCAUUCCCCGCCGCCGGUACAGCGCCAGAAGUCUGUGAUACCUCCAGUGGUACCCGUCCAGUCUGCCAUCAUCCCUUUGGCUACCAGUGGGUCUCGCCGUCCUGCCAUCAAGGAUGCUAGCGUCCAGCCACUGUCCACCUCACCUGGAUCAGUUAAACACGAUUGA